AGGGUUGAAUCGCUUUUUCGAACAUGAUGAAAUCGUUGAUGCUUAUUAAACGAAAUUUUUAUUCGCGUACUAUGAUUUAUGCGUUAGGUUAGGCUUUAAAGAUUUCGAGUAGAAACGAAAGUUGAUAGAUAUUUUGUAAGAGAUAUCAAAGAGAUAAAACGAUUGAAAUAAAGCGCGCAGAUUGCAUGCGUCGUUAAAAUUCAAGUUAUAGUUUCUGGCCUUGGUAUUACAUCAGACUAAUCGAUUUAAACUCUUGAAAAGUGCAUCAUCCUUUUCGCAUGCCUCGCUGACUCAUAGACUUUACUUAAGUAGAAGAAAUUAUGUGUAAUCUCCUGACAUCGGCUAUGGAGACUAAAGUUACUAGUAAAACCAGCAGUUUAAAAGCUCUUUUGUUAAGGGCAUGGAGAGAACGUUGGAGUGAUCUACAAUGGGGUAUUAAUAUUAAAACGAUUUUACCAAGAGGUGUUAGCGGAGAUGUAUAUAAUUUAGCAGACUGUAUAUUGCAGCAGGCAUUGGUAGGACUUGGUCCAAAUCAGUUAGUACUAUCAUAUUUGAAACAUUCUCUAAGUUCUCAGUUGGUCUCCUAUGCUGCUGUACUUCAAAGAAUAAGUAAAUACGAUGCUUUUCACAAGCCACAUUGUAUUUUAAGUUUACUAGAAUUUUUAGAAUCUAUUCAGAUAGGAAUAACGUGUCGUGGUAAACCCGAAGAAGAUCUUUUGGCUGCAGCAGUGUUAUCCAUUGUGCAUUGGUUGUUACAGUGUUACUUGCACGCUUUAACGAAAAUGCCGCAGAAUAGUCCGUUAACUCCGCAACCGACCGAAUUGAUGGACAAACCUGCCAGCAUAUUGAAACAGAUGCUCAGUUCUGAUUUUCUUUGCGCCAUGAUGUACUUAGCCAAAUACGACGAUAAGGAUUUGUACGUAGAAGUCGUGAAAAAGUGUCAAGAAAUCGAAACAUUGUUAAAAACUAGUAGUUUAAAGUCUUCGGUACCGAUAGAAGACUCUCUGAAGAAGCUGUGCAAUUUGGAAAUCGAUUGCUUAACUCUGUCUCCUGAAAUGACGCAAAUGGAAUCUAUAACACACUGCCUGCAACCUUUAUUCGCGGUUCAAGUGUUGCUGAAUCCUAGCACGGAAACGGCUGUGUUUGUUAAUCAAAUGUUAAUGGUUCAAAGACUAAAAAAUUACACGAACGCGAGAUUGUACUGCGAAAUCAUUCGUGCCUGUUUGAUGUGCCUGCAUAACGUUGCAGGAACGUUCAAAGAAUCCCAGUGGGGUGCUUUCACGUUCCUGAAAGUACCUCUAAUAUUGAAAGAGCUGCAUAUGGCUCAUUCAAACGGGGAUGAUAAAUCGGAAUAUUCUCAGGACAUUUUAGAUGCGUUUGAAUUUCUGCUUCAAUUCACGCCUCUUCUUGAUAUAAUGGAUACGGCGUGUUCCUGCAAUAGCGUAGAAUGUUUACUAAAUGCUUUACAAAAAGUUAGUUUAGUCACGGAAAAACAAGCGAAACAAUUGAGCAGCAGAAGGGAGGGUGUCACAGCGAGUUUACAAAAGCUGGAGUCUUCUACGUCCACACCUUCCAUUCCAAAAGUAAUCGUUCGAGCGGAGCCAACAUUAUCCGGAAUCUUGAAAACUUUGAACGCCGAUUACACGAAAAUACACGAAGCGUUGCUGAGCAUGUUGUAUCAAGUUCUGUCUGGAAAGAGCUUUGAGCUGAUGUUGGCUGUGGCCACUGUAGAGGGAAAACUGAAAACCUUCGUUACAAAACUAAUCAAAUUCAAUGAGUGUAGCAAACAAAUAAAUGAACCUGUUCAACCAAAGACUGCCGCGACAAGAGCAAUGUUGUUCGAUGUAUCAUUCCUCAUGCUGUGUUCUAUAGUGCAAACGUAUGGAUCUGAUGCCGUGUUGGAAGAAGGGGGAGGAGACUCGUUUUUCGAGCAAUGGGUGCGCGAAUGCAUGCCUGAACGGAACCAACCAAAGUCACCCCAAAAAAUGUUACAGAACAUUGACCCUGCAAGGGUGGAUGCGUUACUGGCACAAAUCAAUUCUCCGGAUCCUGAUUUUAAAUCUAGCAAUAUUAAAUGGCACAUCGCGUGUCAAUCGGCGAUGGGUGCCGUGAAAGAGCUUCUCUGCGCGUGGGAAAGCGAUGUGCUUGGCGCUGGCGAUGUUAAGAGAGCUUUAGACGGCCUACGUGCAACUGCCUGCUGUUUGCCCGUUUGUGCGGCUGCUUGGCUAUGCGCGUAUAUGAGCAUUACUCACCAAGAUGCUCUUUUGAAACCCAUGAACAUGGUCCAACACUUUUUGACUCCUCUUCCUGGCGACGAAAUGCAGGACAACCUCAAAGAGCGAUCCAGUUUGAUGUCUCAAAUCAUUCGUAAAAUGCAGUACGAUGUACAUCCUCCGACUCAGUCGAAAACGAAAGUACUUUCGAUGUCGCAUAGCAUUAUCUCGAGGCAACCAAUACUGGAACAGUUAGAAACUGUAUGGAAAAAUAUAAAUCAACGGGGAUGGAUAAAUAUUCAGGCGACACAAUCUUUAGAAUCCUUAUUAAACACUGGUGGCUCGUUAUGGUUCGUGUCGAACAUAGUGAAGGAGGUGUUGAAGUAUCGUUAUCAGGAAGAACUGGACCAAGCCGUAGACUUAGCGUUCGCUAUUUUUCAUCUCGACAUCGAGAACUGUACAUUAGAUCUCAUCAAUCAUAUCAUUCCACAAUAUUUAUACAACUCAUUGCAAAGCGAAGAAUUAGUCGAACCACAGUCAUCGGUAUUAGCGAAGCUGUGCGUGUACUGUAUAUUUUCUACAUUAGAAUACAACAAUUCGAACCCGUGUCGCGGAAACAAUAGAAAACGAGUACGACGUGAUUUGGAUGCGGACGAGCUGGAUGCUUUGGGCGUCCCAGCAAAUAAAAUUCUGAGGCUAAACGAAGCAGGCGACUCGAAUCCUAUAUUUGGUUCCCAGAGUCCGCAAUCUCAAGGAUCAACCAAUGGCCAGAAAUCGGUGGUAUUGAGGGAUCCUCUUCUCUCUUCCUUGAACGGAUUAUUUACGAUAUUCACGUUUUUAGCUGGUAGGGACGGCGAGGUAUCACAACAAACUCAUUUUAUACUUCAAUUUUUACGUCUGAUGGUACAAUGUGGGAAAGACAGAACUCGCAUUGUAUUGCAAGGAAUGCCACAAACAUUGGUACCUUGUCUUCUCAAAGCACUGCCUGAAUUGUUCACGACUGACAUUUUAUUAAGAUUUUACGAUAUUCAGACAGCAGCUGGUAGGAAGGCAACGGCACGAGAUUUGUGCAUGCUACGAAAUAUCAAUCUGAAACCUACUAAAUAAUUAGUAAUGGCGCGUCAAAGACACGGGGCGCCUUUUUCUUUGGACGAACAAUUCUUUUUAUAGGAGGAAAACAGGUGUACACGAUAGCGAGACAUUCGAUUGUAUAAUUAUUUUAAAAUAUAUGAAUUUAAUACGAA